GCCGUCAAGCUGCGAUUGGCUCCACUGGGCUCACCAGACAGAUUGUUUUGACCGCUUGCCUGUCUGCGCCGUAUGAAUAGUCCCCGUGCAGGAUGUGACCUAAUAAUUUAACAUACAAUGUGGUGCAGCUAGCAACAGAAAAGCCUCGCCAGCACAAAGUUCUCCCUUUUGCAGAAAGGCUGACAUUAAUGGUGCUGAUACCUGGACGGGCCGCGGAUGUACCGCCAAUUUAGUGCAAUACCGAGAAACCUCCCCGUACCAAAUGUCAAGGAUUGAAGAGGCUUGUUGGUCGUGCAGUUGUACCCGGGUACGUCCAUCUGAAAGCAACGGCACGCUGCUGGUGGCAAAAGUUCACGAAAUGAUGACCAUCGUCAGCUCGAUCCUAGGCAGUGCCUACUGCUCCCUGGUCAGCGGGCACACCAUGAACUUACUGCGGCGGGGGUUGGUGCUCUUCACUGUGGGAGUCUUUCUGGCUCUGGUUUUAAAUCUGCUGCAGAUCCAGAGACACGUUACCCUGUUCCCCGAAGAGGUCAUUGCCACAAUAUUUUCUUCUGCCUGGUGGGUGCCACCUUGCUGUGGCACAGCUGCAGCUGUCGUGGGUCUGCUGUACCCCUGCAUUGACAGUCAUCUUGGAGAGCCUCACAAGUUCAAAAGAGAAUGGGCAAGUGUCAUGAGAUGUGUAGCAGUCUUCGUCGGCAUCAAUCACGCGAGUGCUAAAUUAGAUUUUGCCAAUAACAUGCAAUUGUCCUUGACCCUGGCAGCCCUCUCACUGGGUCUGUGGUGGACUUUUGAUCGCUCUAGAAGUGGAUUUGGACUUGGCCUUACAAUAGCCUUUGUAGCGACCUUGGUCACUCAACUUUUGGUGUAUAAUGGUGUUUACCAGUACACCUCACCAGAUUUCCUGUACAUUCGCUCUUGGCUGCCCUGUAUAUUCUUCUCAGGAGGAGUGACUGUAGGAAACAUAGGAAGACAACUGGCCAUGGGAGUCUCUGAAAUCACACACAAGGAUUGUCUUGAUAAGAUGCACAAGGACUGAGCAACUGUCAGUCGAAAGGAGUAAUAAUGGUGCCAAUGUAGAUGCUUCGUGUGGGAGUGCACUUAUAUACACCGGGCAGACCAGUAGGUGCUAUAUAUGGUGGAGGAUGCGAUUACUGCAUGAUAUUCAUAAAAGGGAACAUUUGCAAUCUGUGAUUGCCUUUGUACAAUUGAUCCAUUUCUCAGCAUUGAAGUUUUUUCUGUUGCAAUCUGUACAUACCGAGUCUACGAAAUGUACUCAUUUAGUCUGUGUAUGAACUGCAAUGCCAUUACCCCUGUUGCUAUAGCAGACCUAAGUAGCAAGUAUUAUGUCUGCUUGAUUGAUGUGCAAUGUACCCAGUACCUGAGCCUUGUCGUUUAUCUGUACCUUAUUUAUUUCCCCUUCUCAAAGUCAUUUGUACCAUGUACAGUGGGGUCUUCCAUCUCUUUGUAUAGCAUGGUUAUAAAAUUGUAAACAAAGAGAUGUUCUGUUUUUUUUUCUCUCCAGCCUAUUACUGCGAGUGACAGAGUUUAGCUGCCACAAUCUAUAUAUGUACAGUGGAAAUUUAUAAUCCUAAGGAAUGUGCGCAGUGCCGAACUGAAGGAAGUGAACUUUCUCUCUCAAGCUGGAACUCUCCACUUGAAUCCAUGUUGAGACAGUCACAGAGUGAAGGUGUGUUUCUCCUCUCGACCUUCACAACGCAAUAAGGAGUGACAGAAUAAUUCCAUUGCUUUGGACCACAUCGGUUGUCACUGCUCCACCCUCAGAGUGAAGUGAUUUUUUUUUUUGUUUGUUUUUGCAGUGUUAGUGUUUCUGAUCUGAACCAAUCAGCAUCUUUGCUCACCUGUUGGAAAGAUGAUUUAUCUGAUUUUGUAAGUAAAAUGUACACAUUCAGUUUAAAUGUAUUUGAUUUUUUUUCUCCCUUCACUGUUCUCAAUAAAAAUGUACAGUAAUUGUCAAA